AUGUCCGAGAUCUUCGGAUCGAGUGAUUAUUCCGACGAAUCUCCGCCUCACGCAAGUCCAUCCAACGAUAGGACGCGUGGAGAUGGUGGUGAUGCACCUAUACAUCACCACGAGCGAAGUAAAUCAAGGGAUCGGGGUAACACUGGUGCCAGUGCUCAUGCUGGCACCAAUCAAGAGGCCAGGGACCGAAAUGUCCUGCGCCACGGUCCUCAAGUGGAGUCUCCGUGGAUGCCGCCAUCCAGAGAGUUGUACCGGUUGGUCGGCACGACUAUGGAACGGGAUCGAAUCCCGUUGUUCGAUUGCAGGAAUAUUUGCCCACCUGAUUCCAGCACGGAAACUAUCCGUGCUGAGGAAGAGUUCUUCACCGAUGCGUUCCUCAAACAUCGGUGGUACAAUGGUAGCCGUGUUCUGGACGGCAAAGCCUUGGUGCAGGGAUGGAAUUCCCUCAUCCACAACAUCGAGUGUAUUAGCCGUGAGGCUUGGCUCGCCAAACUUGAUGCAGCUCGCAUCAGGUUUGAAAAACGCAACCCAGUCGGGGCGCAAUACAAGUUGCACCGGCUUUCAAGAGAGGUAGGAUAA